AUGGUGGGACAUGCAAGAAAUUUAACUUUAAUUGAAUCAACUAAUCAAGCCAUGUCUCUUAUCAAAUUAAGCUCAAGUGUACGCCAAUUAGAGUCUGAUGUGGAAUAUGAUUCAGAUACAGAUUCUUAUAUGGAAACUGAAUGCAAAUGUGCAUCCUGUGAAUAUAUUUCACAUAAUAAUACAAGAGCUAUUAGAUUAUUGAAAUGGGGGUUAAUAUGUCCUUUGAUUUGGUUAUGGGCACUUUACAUUAUGUUAUUGGGCUUAUAUUUUAAAGAUCAUCUGGUAAUAUCAUCAAAUCUGUAUAUUCAAGUUUUCAAGUUAAGAAUCUUCCAGAUAGAGUCAGAAAGAGAUGAAUCUGAAGGAUUUGAAUCUCAUACAAAGGAACUAGAAUACCAUACAAGGUUAAGAGGUAAAUUCAUUACAUUAAUUGGAUAUACUUUAGUUGCUAUUGCUAUCUAUUCUAUUAUCAUAGUAUUACUAGUAUUUGCAAUCAUACUUUUACCUUACCAUAAUAAGUAUUCAGAAGUAAUUCAAUAG